AUGCCAUUCUUCCAUACCAUCCUUGAGGCAUUGUGCCACCAUGCCACUGAAAGUCCCAAUAAGGUUGUCUUUACAUGGGUGGAUCUCAAGUGUAAAGAGCAAAACAAGAUGACAUUCAAACAACUGGAGGAACAGUCGAACACUGUGGCUGCUUGUCUCCUCAAACUUGGAUGUCAAAAGGGAGAUCGUGUCAUGGUUGCCUAUCCCUUUGGGCUCGAGUUCUUGGCUGGCAUGUUCGGUGCCAUGAAGAUUGGAGUCAUCCCUUGCUCCAUCUAUCCACCCAAUCCAAAUCAGCUCAAGACUGAUAUGCCCAAGUUCCAUGGAUUUGCCAAGGAUGCUGGAGCCAGAUUUGCCUUAUCCACCAGUGCCUUUGCCGCUGCCAUGACUGCUGCUAGUGUCCUCUACAGGACUGGCGUCAAAUGGAUCGGAGCUGACAAACUAAAAAUCAAGAACCACAACCCGAACAAGCCCAAAGAUUAUGAGACCUUUGUGGGGGAACCAGGAGACAUCUGCUUCAUCCAAUACACCUCUGGCAGUACGGGUCGCCCCAAAGGAGAAAUGAUCAGUCACAACAAUCUAGGAGAAAACUGUAGGACCAUUGGUGCUUCCACCCAGAUGACAUCUACUUCAGUGACUGCAUUGUGGGUACCUCAGUAUCAUGAUAUGGGACUUGUAGGUGGCUUCAUGUCCUGUCUGUAUUCUGGUGUCACCCUUGUCAUGACUUCACCUCUGGACUUCCUAUCGAAACCAAUUAUUUGGUCCGAUAUGAUUGAUGCAUAUCAGGCAACCCACACCUGUGCCCCUAACUUUGCCUACGCCUUGCUCCUAAAGCGGUUAAAGGAAGCCAACAGGACAGCUGACUGGAGUUUUUUGAAGUUCGCUGGGUUUAGUGCUGAACCAACCCAGCAACGUGUUGUGGAGGAUGUGGUAAAGACUCUGUCAGUCAGGCCAGGAAAUGUUCACAACCUCUAUGGCCUUGCGGAGUCAGUUGUGUGGCUUACAGGGGGGCCUGCCAUUCCAGACUCUGAAGGUCUUGUCUGCUGUGGAGAAGUAGACUCCCCAACCCUCAAGAUCCGAAUUGUCCAGGAUGGAAAAGAGGUGGAAGGUGGACAGGUCGGAAGUAUCUGGACUCAGUCACCCCGUGUGGCUGCUGGGUACUUUGGCCAACCUGAGCUGACAACUGCAACUUUUGCCAAUGAGCUCUCUGGUUAUGAUGGGCCCUGGCUAGACAUUGGUGAUUUGGGGAGAGUUGUCGAUGGGCAGCUCUAUGUCACUGGAAGAGUCAAAGAUGUUAUCAUUAUCAACGGCAAGAACUACUACCCAACAGAUGUGGAAUCAUCUAUGGAUGAUGCCUUUGGUGACAUAAUCCGUCCUGGACGCACCACGGCUUUCCAGUAUGGCGAGGAUAGUAUUGGCAUCACAGUGGAGGCCCGUAAAGGGUUUGACAUGUCAGUAGACAAAGACUUGGCCAUUCAAGUAUCCAACCAUGUUUCAGAACUUCAUGGGCUGUUUGUCUGCGAGGUUGUUGUUCUGAAAAUAGGUGUGACCCCAAAGACCACCUCUGGCAUAGUCACUGAAGCUGUUCAAGCCAUUGAGUGCAUCCCCGCCAAGUUGGAUGAUUACUACUAUGAGCUGAAUCUUGAUGGAAUCCAUGGGAUUUGUGAGGCUUGGUCCAAAGCUGUGAAGACAACAGCAGCAAUGAAGACCAUGUGCUCUCAAAUUUUGAUACACAUUGAGAACAAGCAACCCACAAUCUGCCAGCCUGCACACACCCUUAGCGAAAACACUGAUUGGAUUUUGAUUGAGGAAACCAUGGAUUUCCUUUCUCAGCUUGUGCACCAAGUAUUUGUUCUUCAAUGGGUGACAACCUUCAUGAUGGACCACCCUGAAUGCAUGCAGCAAAAGUUGCAGAAGGAUGCAGAAUGGGAAAGCAUGAGCCAGAGUAUUCUAGCAGUCCCAGUGGAGCUACAAAAGGUGCUAGACCUACCUGAGAAAGACCCAAUGCAUGGAAAGUGGCCGUUCUUCAUGUGGAUCAAAAUCAGGUCAGUUGGUGCCUUUCUGAAGCUGAUUCACAAGAGCUUGGAGUCUCCUGAUGACCCAGCUAUCAACACACAAAUUGAGAGGAUCAACAAACUUUUGAACCUGAAUCUGUUGGAGGCUAUUUGGCUCGAACAGACUAAUGGGCUCAAAGACAAUUCUGAGGUGGGAAGACUUCUUGCAACUUAUCCUAUUUUGGAAGCUACAGUCAAAUCCAAAACGGUUCUCUUUGAACAUUCAACUUCUGUGUGGAAUGAUCUGUACAUUGCCUGGAACAUGCAUUUUGUAUCCUGGAUUGGCGACCAAGACUCGUCUACCUGGUUGCUUGCCAAGUUGCUGCUGCCAAGCCUUGUUGGAGAUGUCAAAGGAGCUUUUUUGUAUGCCAGGGUCAUUAGUUUGUACUUGGCAUCUCAUACUAUUGGAAGGAGAAUGAGCUCCUCAAGGCAUUACACCAAGGCAAUCUUGUCAAGAAGAGCACUCCAAGUUUUUGGAGAGUUGAACCUCUCCUGGGCUCAGAAGCUUGGAAACACCCCACCAUCAGCAAGAAGCAAAGUUGAAACUGCAUCCAAUGAAGCAGCCUGGCUUUCCAAGUUUGACCUGUGGGGAAAGAUGAACAAUCCUGUAACAGUUGAUCAAGCACAUGCAGGCACCCUAGAUACCAAUGUUGAUUUCACUUGCAGAGAAGCCACAGAUUGCUUCUCUGAGAAGUAUACCAACACUAUCACAUCUGUCUUUGGUUCUGAAGUUGACACAUCAAAAUCAUGGGCUGAGAAUGGACUCACAUCACUUAAGAGUGCUGAGUUCAGGAAUAAGGUAGAGGAAGAGUUGCAUGUGGUUCUCCCGGUCAACUUUGAACAGCUCUACACAACGCCAGAGGCGCUUUGCAACUUCUUGGAGUUAUCAGAGGUGAAAACAUUCAAAAAACAAGACCUGGCUGGUCAUAGAGACCUUCUUCGGAGCUCACCAAGAUCAAGUCUCAGAAAACUACACCUUGGGGUCCUCCAAACCAUUGGAUCAAUUAUGAUUCUUCUGCUGGUUUUGAUUGCUUUUGUCCCACCAUACCUACUCAUCUCCUGGGUUGUGGACAAGUCCAGCUCAGCUGACACCCAGAGCCCAAUUGCUUGGAUUAUAAUGCCAUUGAUGUUCCGUCUGUAUAUCCUGUCCUUCUCACUGGAUGUGGCCUUCUUCAAGUUUGUUGUCAUUGGGUCAGCCAAGAUUGAAUCCUUUAUUCGCGAGUUUGACCUUGUGACACUUGGUGACAAUACGGUCAUUAGCCACCCAAUGAAGUGCCGGAAGUUCUCCCGUUCAAAAGGAGAGCCAAACCCCAAGAUUGGAUUCUAUCCUAUUGUGGUAGGAAAGAAAUGCAAGAUCUCUGGCAUGGUUAGCCCUGGGGCUGUGAUUGGAGAUGGCAGCAAGGUGGAUAAGUUGUCUGUUGUUGAGGAGGGAGCCAUAGUACCAGAUGGUGUCCUUGCCCAGGGAAAUCCAGCAUAUAAUGCUGGCUUAUUUGAACAUCAAGAAUUACACCAUUUGGAAGAGUCCAUGUUAGAAACCUUCAAGAUAUUCUGGACAGUCCUUGAAGCCUAUCAUUUCUUUGCCCUCUCCUGCUUCGUCCAUGCCUCACUGAGCUCAGUGUUACCAGCUUGGCGCUAUGCCACAAUGCUCCAUUGGAUUUUGCUGUUUCCCAUCUCCUCUCUGCUUGCACUUUUCACAAGUAUUGCUCUCAAAUGGGUGCUGAUUGGGAAACGAGACCCAUCGGAUGAAUAUGAAGGGUCACUCUAUCGCAAAGCAACCAAUUGGGCAUGUGACUUCCACUUUCGGAUUGCAGCUUGGAAUCUUGCUCCUUUCAGUGGCCAGUCCAGACUCUGGAACUUAAUCCUUUUCUUACGUGGUCUUGAUAUUGACAUGGAAUCGUGGCCGGACAAUCCGUACUUCAUCUUCCCACCCUCAAAGGCUGACUUUGUGAAGAUCAGAAAGUCAUUUGUGGCAACAAUCUCACUUGACUUCAGCAGGAAGGGGAACUCCAAGAUUGAGAUCAUCAACAGCAGUGUGGGCUACAAUGUCAAUCUGCAUGCAGGUGUAAAGAUCAUGCAAUCUACAGUCCCUCCAAGGACCAAUGUGCCCGACAGUAUCUACGACUUGAACCAGUUAGGCCAGCCUGUGAACAUGAAUUUGCUUCUUCCUGAAGUCUUACAGGUGUUGUUGAAUACAGUCCUGUUUGUCUCCCUCAUUCCUGCCUAUGAAUUGGGUCUUGUUGCAACCAAGAGUUCUUCCAUCAUGGUCACAACCUGUGGCUUGGUAGGUGCCUUCAUCCUGCAAUUGCUUGUAUGGCUCCUAUUGACUGGGGCAGUUGAGAGGUUGCUUUUGGCCUUGCCCAACCAACUUCAAUAUAAUCUUUUUGGGAUCUACCUCAACCAUGUCUGGAUUUUCCGCAAUCAAAACUUGCUUGUUUACCUUCUCUAUGGCACACCCAUGUUUGCCUGGUUUGCCAGCUUCAUGGGAGCUGAAGUUGAUGGGGAGUUGUGGUACUUUGGUAACACACUCUAUGAAUAUGGCAAGCUGCAUUUCCAUGGAUGCACUGUUAUUGACGGCUCCAGCUUGAAUGGUCACUACAUUGAUGGCAAGGGGCUAACAAUCAAUGACACAUAUGUGUCUGGUGUUGUGCAUCCUGGAUGCUUUGCUGUUGCUGGCUCCAAAGUUGCUCGUGAAGAAAAUGGUCCUUGGAAGGUCUUCUUGAACACUGGUGCUGAUAUUGGUUCUGCCAAUAGGUGGCCAUCUAUCAGGAAGCAGUCACCAAGCUGUGUGACUUAUGAUGACGAAAAUGUUGAUUCGGCAGUGUAG